CUGAGCUCGCAGGGCCUCCGGCCUUUUUUUCUCCUUAAUAUGACGGCUGCUCGGGCCACACCUGCCAGCAUCAUAUCCAGCUCGAGCAGCUCUGCAGAAUGAGUACAGAAUCGACCCCAGUCUCAGCCGACUCAGCCCAUCCGCCCCCGCCGUCUCAGGAGAGCGUCUCUGCAGUGCUGGGAGACGAUGUUUCGCCCUUGCAGCCAGCCGCUGGUCCUGUGCGGUGUUGCCCAUGCAACAAAGACCGGAACAGUACCACUGGAUCGAGGUGCAAGAGGAAGGGGAAGAAGCGGGGCUGCCCCUGUUUCGAGAAGGGCAAGAAGUGCACCAACUGCCGUUCCUGUGACCUAGGCAUAUGUGAGAAUCGAGAGCCCGAGGACAAUACCUUCACCGCCGAGGAAUCGAACUUUCCCUCUACUCAUCCUCGUGCCUUCCACUCGGAUGAGUCUUCGCUACGAUGCGGAUCCGCGGCGUAUGUCCCUCCCAAGUGUGCCAGCUGCCACAUCCGCCCGGCGUCCUCAAGCAAGGGCAUCUGCUACGCCUGCCUCAGCAAUGGUGCCGAGCCUCUCCACCGCCCGCCUCCCGCCAUACCCCUCGCUCCCCCUGCUGGCCCUCCGACGUCUUCAUUCGUCCAGGAGAGGAUUCAUGAGGCCUUCGGAGCCACCGAUUUCAAUCAACAGAGCAACCUCAUGGACACCGACUGGCAGCGCUGGCACGCCCGCCUCGGCCCGCUGCGAGGGUGCCUUUGGGAUCCGCCGGGUGCUUCGGGGAAGCGGCUGGCCCGACUGCUUGCAACCGAGGGCCGUCGGUGGCGUGAGGAGCAGCUGCCGAGUGAGCGCGUCCUCAUCUGCGCUUGCACGAUUCUCUACCGGGCGCCAGAUGUCACUGGCGAGGACAUCGCCGAGACGGUGGAGCGGCGGAUGGACCAAUGGGAGAAGGGCGACUUCGAGCAGCUCGUACAGGAGGCUGAGCGCAACAACGCCUUCCUGGCCACCAGACCUGUCGGCAAGGACGACGCCAACGAGGCCACUCUGCGCCAAUUCCGUCGCCUCAUCGACAAGGGCAAGGUCAGGCAGGCCGUUCGGCUCCUGACCGAGCGGGAAGGGGGAGGCGCGCUGGACCCCAACGACCUGGCUGAGGCCGACCCUGCGGGCCGCACCGUUCGGGAGGUCCUCGAGUCGAAGCACCCUGCCCAGAGUGACCCUGACCCAUCCUGCUUCCUCGACCGGCCCCUCCCUCCCCUCACCCAGGUCGAGAUCACCGCCAACCACAUCGAGCGAGCGGCACGGGCAACGAAGGGAGGCGCCGGCCCUGUUGGUGGCGAGUCAUCGGUCUGA